AUGGGCAAGAACACGGACAAACUCUACAUCACCCAUUCCGAGUGGUCAUCGUCGGAUGCCUACUCUGCCAGCGCCGGCGCCAAUGUCAAUGCGCGGUCACGAGGCACCUUUCGCAAGUUGCCCUUCAACUUUUGCGCCGCCAGCCUCCAGCCCUUCAAGAACCCGGUCUGCACCAAGGAUGGAACCAUUUUCGACGUCGAAAUCAUCAGCUCAUGGCUGGACAAACACAACACAAAUCCUGUCAAUGGCGAGCCAUUGAACGCCAAAGACCUGAUCAAGCUCAACUUUUCAAGAAACGCCGAGACCGACUCGAGGAGCGCAGGCUUAAGCGAUGGCCAAGGCGAUCUGAUCGAUCCUGUCACCUUCAAGGUCUUCACUGACAACACCCACAUUGUUGCGAUUCGACACGGAACCUAUGCAAACGUCUUCGCCUGGGAGACCGUCGAACGAAUGAAUAUCAAGGCAAAGAACUGGCAGGAUCUCGUUGACGAUGAAAAGUUCACAAGAGCGGAUAUCAUUACCUUGCAGGACCCCCAGAACGCAGCCAGCAGAGACUUGAGUCAGUUCAAGUACCUCAAGGAUGGUGAGGAUGCUAUCCUAAGCAAGGAGCAAGAGGAGGAGCGGAAAAAUGGUAACGUCAACAUUGAUGCGCUCGGCAGGAUCGGUGACAAGGUUCUACGAGCAAAGGAGGCUGUCGAGAAAGCGCGGAAGGAACGCGAUGGAGGCGACGUCAACCGCUCUUCUGGUGCCGUUGUGAAGGCGGUGUCGGCAGCACAAAGGAAGUCCAUGGUCAUGGAGAAGAAGAUCCCAUCAAAUGCUGCGGUCUACACCAAUGGCAGAGCUGCCGCCAGUUUCACCAGCACAGGCCUCACGCCCGAGACAAGUGGCGAGCGGGCACUCUUGACUGACGAAGAGUACAUGCUCAAGCCGAAACGGGUCAAGAUCAGAGGAUAUGUUCGUAUAGAGACAAACUUGGGCGACCUCAACAUCGAACUGUAUCCCGAAUACGCACCUCGCGCGGUAUGGAACUUUACGAGGCUAGCCCAGAAGGGCUACUAUAAGGGUGUCACCUUCCACCGAAACAUUAAGAACUUCAUGCUCCAAGGAGGCGAUCCUUCGGGAACAGGCAAGGGCGGCACUAGCAUCUGGGGAAAGAACUUUGAAGACGAGUUCGAUGGACCUUUGACGCAUGAUGCCCGCGGCAUCCUCAGUAUGGCAAACAAAGGCAAGAAUACCAACUCUAGCCAAUUCUUUGUCAUCUAUCGGCCAACGAAGCACCUGGACAACAAGCAUACUGUAUUUGGCAAGGUUGUUGGCGGACUCGACGUGCUUUCCAAGAUGGAAGACGUUCCUACCGACGGGUCCGACAGACCCCUCAACAAGAUUGUUAUGAAAGACGUGGUGGUUUAUCUGGAUCCGUUCCAAGAGUUCCUCAAAGAAAAGAGCGAGACCGAUAAUCUGGAAAAGAAGAGGCAGGCAAUAGCAUUGAGUGGAGGCACGGAAGACGACAAGACAACGUGGACGGGCAAGCGAAUCCGAGCCGACGGUACUGUGGACAGCGGGAGUGCCGAUGCUGGCGUGGGCAAGUAUCUGAAGUCGCAGGGCUCUACUGCCAUAGAUACGGGGGCGACCGACCUGGAUACUUGGGAAGAGCCGGCCAAGAAGAAGUUCAAAAGUGGUGGAUUCAGCAAUUUCGAUAACUGGUGA